GCGGGGAAGUUGGCAGGGACUGGAACCAGAGGAAGCUGAGCCAGGGCCGCAGAAGCUCCGUGGCGAAACUUUCUUGACGCCUUCUAUUUAAAGGCUUGGGGCGACCCCGCCCCGCGCGCCGGGAACCCAAGCAGCCCCGCGGGCCCUGGCAAAGUGCAGUCAGACGGAGAACACCGGGCGAGGCGUGGGCAGCUCCGACUCCGGCCAGGACAGGCGCGAUGGAGAGCGGCGACAGCGGACUCGCAGCCCAGGGCUUCCUAGGAUGGGGUGCAGACGAGGAGGUGGCCCAGGAGCUGGAGACGGAGGAGGAGUCGGAGGGCGAGGGGGAGGAGACGGCGGCCGAGUCGGAGGAGGAGCCCGACGCCAGGUUAUCAGAUGAGGAUGAGGAGGGCAAGACCAAGCAGGAGUGUAUCGUCUCUGACCCUUCCUUUUCCAUGGUGGCAGUUCAACGUGAAGACAGUGGGAUAACCUGGGAGACCAACUCAAGCAGAUCUUCCACUCCUUGGGCUUCAGGAGAAAGUCAGACCUCGGGAAUAUGUAGUUUGGAAGGGUCAGCUCUGACUUCUCCUCCAGGAAGUGUUUCCUUUAUUAUGGAUGAAGUUAAAAGGACACGGAAAAGAACUCAGAAGUCCAAGCGUGGCUCACCGUCACUGCGUCGGAAAGGCAGCAAAAAAAGGAAUUCUCUGGAAUCACAAGAUGUUCUGACAAACCAAGAAGAUGGUCCUUCAAUUUCAGAAAGCCCUGUGCUCAAUAUUGAGAAUGAAAAGUCAUCUAUUGGCACUUAUGAUAAAACAAGAAGGAAGAAGACUGCAUCAAAUACGCCUCCCAUCACUGGGGCUAUCUACAAAGAGCACAAACCAUUAGUGUUGAAGCCAGUCUACAUAGGAACGGUACAAUACAAAAUAAAGAUGUUCAAUUCAGUUAAAGAAGAGUUAAUUCCUCUACAAUUUUAUGGGACGUUGCCAAAAGGUUAUGUAAUUAAGGAAAUACAUUACAGGAGAGGAAAAGAUUCAUCUAUUAGUCUAGAGCCGGAUUUGAGCAAUGGUGGUUCUAAUAUAGUUCCCCAAAGGAAAUUAGCCCAGAGCCCAGAAGAAGACAAAGUAAGAGAGCUUGCUCCACCCUGGAGAGGUGCCCUCUCCAAAGGGUCCAGGACCUCAUUGUUUAGUCACGAAGAGCAAAAGAAAACGUAUGCCGAUUCCAAUUUAAAUGUUCCAUCUUCAACAGAACACGCAUUUCCCUCCAGUGCCAGAAAUGAUACAGCUGAUCAAGAAGAAAAUCUCAGCCUUCCACAAAUGAUGCCACAACAGCCAGCUGAUGAAUCAAAGACCCACAGAAUGGAGCCACCAAGCAUUCCAGCAACCAUGGUCCUUGAAAGAGCAAAGGAAGAACUGGAACAGAAUGCACAAGGAAAGGAAAGUUCAGAGGAUGAUGCUUCAGUCUUGACAGGCUCAGCCGAUGAUGUGCAACAGGAAGGCUUGGUUUCUGUCAACCAUUCCAUGCCAUGGGAGGCAGAGAAGGAGUCUUUAGAGACAGGACCACCAAGACCAGCGCCAGCCAUCCAAGAAAAGUUUGAGCCAGACAUGGAAGGGCUAGAGCCGAUUUCAACAGAAAAAACAGAACAAGCGUCUGAAUACGUGACCUCAUCUGAGCCCAUAGUCCACAGAGAGGAGGAGCAUGCGCCUGAGCCCAUAGUCCACAGAGAGGAGGAGCAUGCGCCUGAGCCCAUAGUCCACAGAGAGGAGGAGCAUGCGCCUGAGCCCAUAGUCCACAGAGAGGAGGAGCAUGCGCCUGAAUCCAUAGUCCACAGAGAGGAGGAGCAUGCGCCUGAGUCCAUAGUUCAAAGAGAGGAGGAGCAUGCGCCUGAGCCUGAGUCCAUAGUCCACAGAGAGGAGGAGCAUGCGCCUGGGCCUGUGCCCAUAGUCCACAGAGAGGAGGAGCAUGUGCCUGAGCUUGAGUCCAUAGUCCACAGAGGGGAGGAGCAUGCGCCUGAGCCCAUAGUCCACAGAGAUGAGGGGCAUGCACCGGAGCCCAUAGUCCACAGAGAGGAGGAGCAUGUGCCUGAGCCCAUAGUCCACAGAGAUGAGGGGCAUGCACCUGAGCCCAUAGUUCACAGAGAGGAGGAGCAUGUGCCUGAGCCUGAGUCCAUAGUCCACAGAGAGGAGGAGCAUGCGCCUGAACCCAUGGUUCUUAGAAAGGCACAACUAGAGAGGGGAGUGGAAACUUCUACGCCAAUCACGGAUACCACUGAACCCGAAGAUUCUAGUCUAGAAGAAGAGAUCAUAGAACUUGAUUACCCGGAAAGUCCUUUAGCUUCUAAGGAGACUUCCCCAUCGCCUUUGUCCCCUGAAGUAGAGCACAGAAAAGAGCCCAUUCUACCAACACAGAUGACAUUCACACCUGAACGUAUCACUUUGUCCGAGGAAGAAAGAGAAGAAAACGAGUCUGUUUCUACCGAUUCUGCUUUUGUAUCUGAGUAUUCAGUCCUACAGGAUUUGAACCAUACACCAGAGAAGCUGGAAGUAGAGGCAGUUUCUGUAUCUGAUGUGAAAUCUAGCAAUGAACCUGCAGUCUUUUCAGAGGACGACGAGGAACGUGAGUCUUAUUCCCCAGCUAUGACCUCUGUAUCUGAGCAGUCUCUUUCUCCAUCCACCACUGAGAAGACAUCUGCCAUCCAGUCCCCACUCUUUUCAACAGUUUCACCAGUCCUGUCUGGAGAUGAGGCCUCAGAGAGCGUGUGUCACUCACCAGAAUCUGAAUCUGCGGCUGAGUAUUCUGUUCCAGCACAUGCGCAAGAGUUGCUGUUGAAAACAGGUGACCACAAGCUCCCAUUAAAGUCCCAACGUGUUUCUGAGCCCAUCAUUCAGGCAGAAGAUGAGAAAGAAGAUAUUGGGCUACUUCCCCCAGCAGCACUGAGCCAGGCAGUUCUAUCGGAAGAUGAGAGUCUAGGAAGUGGAAGUUUCGCAUCAGAUUCAAAGCUGCCAUUUAAACCCUCGGUUUCACAAAAUGCAACACGGGAAUCCCCCCAAAAAACAAUAGAUGACAUGCCCCAAUUCAAACCAAGAGGCCUUUCUGAUCCUGCAACCCUGUUAGAAGAAGAAAAGGAAGCCAUUGGAGUUGGGCUAUCUUCAUCCAAUGAGGUCUCUGCAGUGGAAUGCGCUCUCCCCCCACAAACCACUGAGCUGCUUUCUGAAAGCCAUGCCCCACCUCCCUGGGCCAUCUCAUCCGAACAAGUGGUCCAAUCAGAAGAAGGGAGCAGAGACCAGCAGCGGGGCUCAUUCUCUUCCACACCAGAGCUUGGCCACACAUCUCCUCUGCUUCUAAAGGGUGCCUCCUCACCCACAGGUCUAUCAGAGCAAGGGCAGGAAGAGGACAAUAUUGGGCCCCUUUCCCCUGAUUCUGCAUUUGCGUCAGAAUUCUCAUUCUCACCCUAUCCGACUCAGGAACUAGAGAAGAGAGAGCUGGGGCGGGAUUCUCCACUGUGCUUAACGUCCCCCUCUGAGCAGACUGUUCUGUCUGAUGAGGACACGGAAGAGGCUGACCUCUUUUCUCCGGAUUCAGCAUCACAGGUGUCAAUCCCACCAUACCGAAUCGCAGAAACAGAGCAAAACAAGGUCGAGCCAGACGAAUUACUACCUAGGAGGUCUGCUCCAGACUAUCCCUACUUCUCAGAGGCAGAUGAAGAAGAGGCGGGGUCCUCAGUGGUCACGCCUGUGCCUGAGCAUUCUGAGCCAUCGCAGGAGCGGGAGGAGUCUUCCCCUUGUAGGCCUGUGUUCGAAGAUCUGAGCCUGCUACCUUCGGCAGAUAAGACCGGCCAAGCAGAAACUAUGUCAGAUGUUCCAACAAUUUCAACCUCUGUGUCUGAAUAUCUCAUCCUGGCACAGCAGGAGAAAACUCAGGCAUCUUUGGAGCCUGAGGCUGAAGAUUUGGUACCACCACCAACCAGUGGAUGGGAGAAGAGAGAUGCAAAGAGUAGUCUGCCAGCAGUUACAAUAGCAGCUUCCUCUUCUGCACUCUCAUCAGUGGUAAAGGAAGAAACCACAUCCGUUUUGCCCACCUCUCAGCCCUCAGUUUCACCCGAGUCAACCUGUGUGCUUAAGCCAGAGCAGGAGCCCACAGCACCUCUCACUCUAACAAGUGCAGAUGAACAGAUGGCUUUGCCCAGAGUCGGAAGGGAAAAAGCUGUGCUGGAUUCUCAAGAAGCGACAGCACACAAAUCGCAGGAUCAGACACCAGAGCCUCGGCUCCCAAAUGUUCCAGGGUCUGGGAUGAAAUAUUCAGUUUUGUCUGACUUGGGAGAUGAGCCAAAGGCGGAUGUCAAACUCAAUUUAGCUCCAACUGUGACUUCUGAACUAGAACAGAGAAUGUUGUCAAAGAAUGAGCCUGAAGUGGCAAAACCACACUCACCUCCAGAGGAAACAUCUAUUUCUGGACCUAAGGUUUUAUCUGCAGUGAAAACGGAAGUGAAACAGGAGUCCAAAAUAACCAGGGAACUUCCUGCGGCUUCAUCGGGGAGAGAGAGGGGAGCAGAACACAGUCCACCUGCACCACCUGCACUUCCAGCAUUGAUGGAAGAGAUGGGGAAAGACACAGAAGCCAGCUCUUCUGCCACCACAGUGCCAGUAACUAAGCUUGAUUCAAAUUCAACUAAAUUAGGCAGGGAUGAAGUCCUGACAGAUCCAUCUCUUGCCAGCCCUGUGGAACACCCAGGCUUAAAGGGAGUAGGGAAGAGCGAGUUAGGCAGUGGUUUGCCUUUGCCCAGCAUGUCUACCUCAGAGGUGUUAAGGCCUGAACCCAAACUUCCUGUCAACUCAGGGGUUGAGGUAGAGAGAGAAGACAACGAGCCACCUCCAUUGCAAGUGUCACCCACAUCCAAACCCACGGUGCCAAAUGACAAACACGAGGAGAUAACAAGGUCUCCUGAUUCUGAAAAUGUAGUUUCAGAUGAUUUAGCUCCAACAUUACUGGCCCUCAGACAUGAGAUGAACAGGCAAGCAGAGGAGACAUCUUCUCCAGUGCCGGGGAGUUUCCUGUCAGGAGAGCAAGAGCUUAUAAAGCUCCCCCCAGAGCCUGAGAAGCACAAACAGUUAUCAGAAGUACCAACUGCUGGGUCAGAACUCAUUGAUAGUAGAGAUAGAGAUAGAUCCUUAGGUAUAGAACCAGUAAAACCCAUCGGAACGGAACCAGGGCCUUCUAUCUUAGAAAAGGGCCCCGCUGAGCUUCAGAGAAGAGGAAAAGAACAAGAAGAAAACAGGAAGCUUCCUGUGCCUGCCUCAGCUCCAUUAGAGACUGCUUCUUUUGACCUCCCCAUUGAGCAAAAAGAGCCUAAACGGACCCUUCAUGAGGGCCAAGCUGUUGAGGUGCCUGAUGAGAGCAGCUCUUCUGCAGAUAAGCCAGAGCUGGGUGUUAAACAAUUGGCAGAGAAGAAGGAGAAUUUGGAGCAACCCAAGCCAUUUGUGACAACUGAGCGUGCCAGUGUUACAGGAUCAAAAGUGAAAGAGAGUCUCAUUUCUCCAAAGGACAACACCUGGAUGCUGGAAAAGCCAGAUGGCUUAGUCAAUCAGCAUGAAGAUAGAAAACCAGGAACUGGGCAGCUGGAGUCCUCUGAGAGCACUGAUCUGAUGUCAGAGAAACUUGGGGCUGCUCCACUGGAUACAGAUCACACAUCUGAAACCAGAAACCAAGAAACAAGCAAAGCACCAGUGUCUGGUGAGAAGCUAUCUCAGGAACCCAGAAGGGUUCAGUCAAAGGCUGUAGAUGAUUCUGAGGAAGGGAGAAAGCUAGCCUCUGGCAACGUGGAAGUACUCACCCAAAGUAAAUCUGUCCCUGCUGUGAAAGCAAAAGCCACACCUCAACCUCCAGAGACCCCAGAGGUGACACAAAAGCCAUCUGAGAAGUCACUCGUCACUGAGCAAGGUCUUCCUGCAGAGAAGGGAAAGAAAGGCAUUUCAUCUUUUAAAUCAUGGAUGUCUAGUUUAUUGUUUGGAUCAAGCAUUCCAGAUAGUAAGGUCUCUGACAACGAAGAUCUAGAAACUCGUCCAGGUCCCUCUGUAGAGAAAGCAGUACCUGCCAUAGAGCCUAAAGGUACAGUUCCUGCUGAGGUUAAUAUAGCCGAGAAGCCAGCGGUUCAUUCAUUACCUGAGGUCACAGUUAAACUGGCCGAGGAGCCCAAAGGCGUUUCAGUUAAAUCCAGCAUAAGUCAAGACCUUAAAGAAAAACUCACAUUUUUAUCAAACGAAGACGUUUUAAAGCAACCUAAGUCUAACUCUGAAAACUAUGGGCAGAAGGAACUGCCAGGCUUCUCAGAAGGAAUGGGCGAAAGCUUAGCUACUUCAGUUGGUGACAAACAUCCUGGAAUUCAUCCUUGUUCCCCUAUGGGUGAGAAAGUGGGUAUGGAAGAAGCCCAAAACAUGGCUCCUCUUCAUAUUACUGAGAGCCAAAGACGCCAGAAGCCAGAGGUCUCUUCUCCGUCUAUGUGGAAUAUUUCUGCACGUAAGGAAGAGCCAAGCAGUGAUCACAAGGAAACAUGGCUCUCGUCAUCUGACGUAGUAGAUAGAAUGCCACAGAAGCCCAAAUCAGCCCAGUCCGCCUUCACAAGGAUGAACUCAGAGGAACCAGCAUCAAUGAUUCUGCCAGUGGAAUCAAAAGGCAGUUUAAGUGAUCUUGGUGAAGACAGACUUAGACAAGAAAUGCCAAAACCCACUUCUUUGGAACAUUGUGAAGAGGAAGUGGAACGUCCAACAGAGGAGAAGGAUGGCUGGGAAACUAGAUCAUUUUCCUUGGCAGGGAAGAGGGGCCUGGCAGAGAAGCAAGAAAUCAUGGCUCCCUUGGAACUCAGGGAAAAUGAAGCAGUAGGAGAGUUGCAAAGGAUGCCGGAAUCUCGACCUUUCAAAUUGGAAGAAUCAAAAGCUGCUGAGAGGCUUGAACAGCGCAUCUCUCCAACUGAAAAGCUCAUGGAAAAACCCAGCAAGACUCUUGCUUUGGAUAGGAGAGAAAAGGAAGUGCAGGAAUGGGUAUUUUCAGAAGGAGAGAAGCAAGAAUACCCCCCUGCAGCCAUGCCUGUGCCUGGAGCAUCAGCUGUUUCUUUGGAUAAGGCUCAACCACAUUUGCUGGCUAAACCAACACCAGUUGUUGAAAAACCAGAACAUAUAGUCACAGAGGUAUACCCAGAAAUUAGGGAGAGAAAGGCAGCAGAAACCCAACCACAUCCCCAGGAAGAAGGUAAAACUUUAGUAGAGAAAACCAAGGUUUCCCGUGUGGAGUCUCCCCAUGGAGAGGAAACGGAUGGCCAUUCUCUUACUCAGGAAGGAAAUCUGGAGUUGGAAAAGUCAGGUGAGAGUAGAGUGGAUCUCAAAGAGGAAAGGAGGCGGUUCGUGAUGCCCGAGUUGUCCCUUGGUGCUUCAGUGGCUGCGGAAGAUGGAAGUGUGCAGCCAAGACCCCUAUCUAAGGAUGCUGCUAGGGUAUCAGACAUGACUGAUGAAACAAAGCAUUUAGGAACGCCGCCAACUCAGCCGUCAGCUGUAGAACCACAAACUCUUGUUUUAGGAACUUCUGUAGAACAUACAGUGAAGAAACAAGAAACAUGGUCAGACAGGCCCACAGUCCACACUUUCCAGACAUCUAAAGACUACACGGAAGAGAUGCUGAAACAGUCUGUUCUUAUUUCAAAGCAUCACUUGGAAGCUGUGGAAGAUGUGCACAGAAACGAACCGCCCUCUUCAGCAGCAAGUAACUAUACUCAGUUUAUGCUUAGUGCAUCAGAGAUCAGUGCUGAUGGAGUUCCUCCUAUGGGAGGCACAGCCCAGGAGCCUGAAGGCACCUCUGUGAAAGAUGAAGAAUUUUCAGUAACCAGCAAGCCAGCUGGCCUUUCAGAAGAUCAGAAGAGUGCCUUUAGCAUCAUUUCUGAAGGCUGCGAGAUAUUGAAUAUCCAUGCCCCUGCCUUCAUCCCUUCAGUGGAUCAGGAAGAAAGUGAACAAAUGCAAGAUAAGUUACAGUAUUUGGAAGAGAAAGCUUCAUUUAAAAGCAUAUCUGUUCAUGAUGAGAAGAAGGCAGCUGCUUCCCAUAAAACGCAGAAGAGCAAGUUAGAAGUUCCUGAUAGGAAAAUUACAUCACUGAAGGAAAAUGAGACAAAGGAAACUCAUAAGACAAAGGAGGAGAUAGCCACAGACUCAGGAAUGGGUGAUUUCACACCUAUCCAACCCACAGUUUCUGGUGAAGAGGAUUAUUUUGAAAAAUAUACUUUGAUUGAUUAUAACCUCUCCCCAGGCUCAGGAAAACAGAAAUCAACUGUUGAGGAAUCUUCAGAGGAAGCCACCAAAACACUGACUUCUUUCCCAGAAAGUUCAGCUGAACAGGCCCUAGACCAUGAAUAUAACUUAGUAAAGUUAGACGAGAGCUUUUAUGGGCCAGAAAAGGAUGAUAGCAAAUUAUCUCAUGCAGAGAUGCAAAAGUCUUUGGCUAUCCAAAAACCAGAUGACAGAAAUGCUCCAAAGGGUAUCAGUAGAGAUGUGGACUCCAGGUCUCCUGGGAUGCCUUUAUUUGAUGUGGAGGAAGGAGUUCUAUCAAAAAGACAAAUAUUUCCCACCACCCCCAAGGCUGUCAACCCUGAGCUGCUAGAGGAGCCCCCAGCACUUUCCUUCUUCUAUAAGGAUCUGUAUGAAGGGGCGGGUGGGGAGAAAAAUGAAGGCGAAACAGCUUCAGAAGGUGACAGUGUGGACUCUGAGACAUCAUUCCCAAGGCGACAUUCUGACACUGAUGAUGGACCAGGUAUGUAUUUUGAGAAGUACAUACUCAAAGACGACAUUCUUCAUGACGAAACUGUAACUCAAGAAGAUCAAGGCCAAGGCCUGGAAGAAAAGCCAGUUGGUGAAGAGGAUUCACAGCAACUGAGAGUUGCAGAAAGAGAGAUCAGGAGAAAGCCUGAAACUAGUUUUUGGGAGAAAAAUCUGGAAGAACAGCACAAAGUUGUUGGCCGGGAAGGAGAACCCACAGGCCACAUGGAGACCCUUGAUGAGGCGGCAAUGCAGCAGAAAGCUCCCAUUACAGAGCAAGUCAGAGCAGUCACCCAGAAGAUGAGCUAUGCAGUUCCAUUCCAGGACACCCGCUGUGUUCUGGAGAGUGAGCCAAGCAGCCAGGGUAAUGAGGCAGGAAAUGCAAGUCCAGAUGUCAAUCUGAAUGUCCCCGUACAAGAGUCUUUCCCAGAAGAAGAAUCUGCAGCAGGUGCCACCUAUGCUCCUGAAGUAUUGCAAGAGAGGCUGGUCCCAUCUGUGUCCCGGGAAGAGAGGCUCCACAAUACCCCUGUGCAGGAUGAGUAUGACUUUGUUGGCUCUCUGAAUCAGGAAGCAGCCAGUCAAGCCAUCUUACCAGAAGAGCCAGGUUCAGAAUCCUCACCCAAAGAAGUGUUAUCUCAAGGAUCAGAAUCCUUUGAGCACAUCAGGGAACAGGAGCUCACGAGUGAGGGGGAACCAAGAAUGUCUGCUUCACAGGAAGUGUGGGACAGGACAGAAGACCAAUCAGCAAGAGAAUCAGUGACCGCUAAGACACAAAAGGAACCGAAAAAGACUCAGGCUGAAUCUUACUGCUACACCUGCAAAAGCCUGGUCUCUGAAAUGGACAAGGCACUGGACAUUCACAAAGACCACGAGGUUUCAGCACUCGACACGGCUAUAAGUGCUGUUAAGGUUCAAUUAGGAGAAUUUCUUGAGAACCUACAAGAAAAAUCCUUGAGGAUUGAAGCUUUUGUUAGUGAGAUUGAAUCCUUUUUUAAUACCAUUGAGGAAAAGUGUAGCAAAAAUGAGAAACGACUGGAAAUGCAGAACGAGGAAAUGAUGAAGAGGGUUUUGGCGCAGUAUGAUGAGAAAGCACAGAGCUUCGAGGAAGUGAAGAAGAAGAAGAUGGAGUUCCUGCAUGACCAGAUGGUCCACUUCCUGCAGAGCAUGGACACGGCUAAGGACACCCUAGAGACUAUUGUGAGAGAGGCGGAGGAGCUUGACGAGACAGUUUUCCUGGCUUCCUUUGAGGAAAUCAAUGAAAGGCUGCUGUCUGCCAUGGAGAGCACAGCUUCCUUAGAGAACAUGCCUGCCGCGUUCUCACUUUUCGAACACUACGAUGACAGCUCGGCGCGAAGUGACCAGAUGUUGAAACAAGUGGCUGUUCCACAGCCUCCCAGACUAGAACCCCAGGAACCAAGCUCUGCUACCAGCACAACAAUUGCAGUGUACUGGAGCGUGAACAAGGAGGAUGUUGUGGACUCAUUCCAGGUAUACUGUGUAGAGGAGCCUCAGGAUGAUCAAGAAAUAAAUGAACUGGUAGAAGAAUAUAGAUUAACAGUGAAGGAAAGUUGCUGCAUAUUUGAAGACUUAGAACCCGAUCGAUGUUACCAAGUGUGGGUGAUGGCUGUCAACUUCACCGGAUGUAGCCUGCCCAGUGAAAGAGCAAUUUUUAGAACAGCACCGUCCACAGCUGUGAUUCAUGUAGAAGACUGUACUGUGUGUUGGAACACUGCCACUGUCAGAUGGCGGCCUGCCAACCCGGAGGCCACCGAGACCUACACUCUGGAGUACUGCAGACAGCACUCUCCUGAGGGCGAGGGCCUGAGAUCUUUCUCUGGAAUUAAAGGACUCCAGCUCAAGGUUAACCUCCCUCCCAACGACAAUUACUUCUUCUAUGUGAGAGCCACCAAUGCCUCUGGGACGAGUGAACAGAGUGAAGCUGCCCUCAUCUCCACCAGAGGAACUAGAUUCCUCUUAUUGAGAGAAACAGCUCACCCAGCUCUCCAGAUCUCCGCGAACGGGACGGUGAUCAGCUUCUCUGAGAGGAGACGGCUGACGGAGAUCCCCUCAGUGCUGGGUGAGGAGCUGCCUGCCUGCGGCCAGCAUUACUGGGAAACCACCGUCGCAGACAGUCCAGCCUAUCGACUCGGCAUCUGCACCAGCUCAGCUGUGAGGGCUGGUGCCCUGGGACAAGGGGAGACCUCAUGGUACAUGCACUGCUCUGAGCCACAGAGAUACACAUUUUUCUACAGUGGCAUUGUGAGUGAGGUGCACGCAACCGAGCGUCCAGCCAGAGUGGGCAUUCUGCUGGACUAUACCAACCAGAGACUUCUGUUUAUAAACGCCGAGAGUGGACAGCUGCUCUUCAUCGUGAGGCACAGGUUCAACGAGGGCGUGCAUCCCGCCUUUGCCUUGGAGAAGCCUGGGAGAUGUACUCUGCACCUGGGCUUAGAGCCCCCAGACUCUGUCAGGCACAAGUGAUCCUGGGCAUUCAGAGUUUAUCAGAAUAUGAGCAAGAGUUGGGGGUCAGACCUAUCAUUCUGUCUCUCAGGCAAUGUGCAUUAUUUAGAUAGUCUCCCACACACCUGCACUGACGGGAGCUCCGGGUGCCGCAGUCAGCAUGAGAGCAGAGCCAGGGACCCCGUGCCUCAUGGAGCAGUGUGUGAGUGGAGGGGCGGAAACACAGCCUUCACCCUUGGUUCACAGUUGGAGUUGUUUCCUAAAGUCAAAGGAUUUAUACUUGACCUGAACCAAACCCCGAGAAAAGGACUGUGUCUGCUCUGUUGGUCGAAUUCCCCAGUGGCUAAGUCAGAGGGGGGGGAGAUGUGUCCCUGGCACACCUCUUACUAAGGGACGUCGACUUUUUUCACAAGAAAAUGUCACCUUACUUCACUAGAGGAUAAUGAACCCUAGUCAUUAGAGGAAAUGUUUUAGCUGAUCUAAAUUUACAAUGAAUUCUUUUAUUAUCACAUGUGCUGUAGAAUGUAAGCCUCUCUUCUCUGAAAGUUUAAAUGUAGAAAAGUAAUAGAUAUCAGAGAUUUCCAUUUUGUUAAAUAAAUGGCUAGCAUCUUAUAAAAUAAAA